ACCCCACGGAUCCUACUACUACUGGAAAAGCUCCGUUUCCUCUCCUCUUCGCACGUCCCUCCCUCGCUACCGACAUAUCGACCCUUUAUCCACCUAUCCACUCGUUCAACUCGACCUACUCUAUAUCGACCAACAUGUUCUUCCAGAAGUUCCUCGCGCUUAUCGCCCUCGUCAGCCUGCUGGCCGUCGUCCACGCCGACGCCGACGCCGAAGCCGCCAACGAGUACACCGUCACCGUCAAGACCGACGUGUUCUCGACCGAAGUCGCGUAUGUGACGAUGACCGGCGAGCCGCCCGUCGAGAAGCCGAUUGAGACCGGUGCGCCAUCCUACUCCGUCUUCACCAGCGUCCUCUCCAGCGAAGUCGGCUACACCACCGGCACGCCCUCGGUAUUCACCAGCCACGCCGCCAGCUACAGCACCACUGGCGUCGCCUCGGCUAGUCCCUCUGCCAGUGGCACUGUUGUCGCCUCGUCCUCCGCCUCCGGCAACAGCACCGCGCCCACCAGCUCUCCCUCCGCCGUAGCGUCUUCCGACCCCGCCAGCGGUGCUAGCACCCUCCACAUGUCGGCUGCCGGCGUGGUGGCGCUCGUGUUCUCGCUGUUUGUGGCUGUUCUGUAGUUACACACACGUAGAAAAAACAAGAAAACAUUGUUGGCUUCUUACCAC